AUGAGUUCGACAGACGAUAAUACGACUCCACAAACCACCGGUCAAUUUACCUCUGCACUUGUCAUCGGCCUCCUGGCAGUAGCAGCGUUCACAGGAGGAUGGCGCCUCUUCUACAAACGUAAACGAUUUCGACGCGUCUUUCAACCAAGAGUUGAACUUGCAGUUCUCGGAAAACAGCCCCAUCCUCUUCCGGACGGUGUAUUUUCAUGGUGGAAAACAAUACUGGAAACACCUGACGAAAUGAUAAUCGUCACGAAUGGACUUGAUGCUUAUUUCUUUGUCCGUUUUAUUAAGGUUUUUGGACUGUAUCUUCUCGGUCCUUACGCCAUCUUGACAUGUGCUGUGCUUGUCCCCGUCGCUGUUACCUCCCAUCGUGGCGUGGAAGGCGUUGACCUCCUCACAUUCGGAAAUAUCAGCCCUGACCAAUUCAUUCGUCAUACCCCAUACUAUAUCAUUGCGAUCGUUCUCAUUUUCUGGACCCUCUAUCUCAUCUCUACCGAGUUUGUUCAUCUGGAUGAAGAACGUCAAAAAUGGUUAACAUCCACCUCGCGUGCAUCCCUCGCACGCACACGCACAGUGAUGGUGAUGAAUUUGUCUCCCCAAUAUCUCUCUGAAGAGGCAAUAGCACAACUCGUUACGAAACUUACCACCAGCCAUUCCAACAAUGGCGCUAGUGCUGCGGGGGCAAGCGCGGACACAGCAGGCGUGGGAGGUGCAGCUGGGGGUGCAGUAUCAACCGUUCAAGCGAUUUGGUUUUCGCGGACGAACAUGAAGCAAAUCGAACAGGUUUACGAUCAACGCAAUGCCGAGUGUGAACUACUUGAAGGCGCUGAGGCGUCCUUGCUGGCUCUUGCAGCGAAGAAUGAACGGAAGGGGAAAAGUCCUCGUGUGAAGGGAAGAGUUGUGGCUUAUGAGCCUGAAGAAGGAUUGGAAGGCGGUGGAAGGACGGCUAGUGAUGAUUUUAUUGAUGAAUAUGUUAAGCCUAAGGAUAGGCCAAAGUGGAGAGGGGGGUUUUGGGGACUAUUUGGGGAGAAGAGGACUUUGAGGAGCGCGCUCAGACACAUUAAGGAGAAGAACGAGAAGCUGGAACGAUUGAGGGUGGAGGCGAUGCUGCAGAAAGCCGAUGGUGCUGGCGAGGGUAAGGAAAGUGGCGGCGAAGGAGAUAAGGGAAAGGGAGGUCAAGUGAAGAUUGGGAACACGGCAUGGAUUAGGUUUUCGAGUCAGCAUGAGGCACAUCUGUUCGCGAGGUUGAUUAGGGCCGAAGGCAGGGGUCUGGGCAUGAGGCUGGUUGAUUCAAGGAUUGAAGUUGUGCCUGAGGACAUUGUGUGGAACAAUACGUCGAUAAAUGCGUAUGACCGAAAGAUGAGGAAUAUUGUUAGUUGGUUGUUGACCAUCGUGUUGGUCGUUUUCUGGCCCAUACCCUUCUUCCUCGCUGGUUUUAUUUCCAAUAUUGAUGCGCUCUGCUCUACGGUUGGGUGGCUAAGUUGGCUUAUUUCUCUGGACGAUGUAGCUGUAAUUGGGAUUUUAAAGGCAGUGAUACCCCUCGUUUUGGUUCACGUGUGGCCUUUCAUUUUCGACUUCACGAUACGAGGACUGGUGAAGUUGCAAGGUGUUCCUCAGUACAGCGAGAUUCAACUGAGGUUAUUCCAACGUUACUGGGUGUUCCUAUUGUUCAACGCUUUAUUGGUCUGUUCACUCGCGUCGGGAUUGGUCCCCGCGUUAGCGAAUGUUGGGGAGACAGCUAAACAAUUGCCGACGUCGCUUGCGGUGAACCUGCCUGCUGGUUCUAUAUUGUUCCUGACUUUUCUUGCUGGGUCGAUAUGGACUGCUGCAGCUGGGGGCUAUUCACGGGUCGUCCCGACACUCCAGUACUGGUUCCUCCGUCCCAUCUUGCGUGGUUUCUCCCGUCCUAUCUUGCGUGGUAAGAUUCCAAGGAAGUAUUGGCUUAGUGAGACGCAGAUGGAUACGUUUGAGUGGAGUACUAUAUGGCCUGCAAUAAGUUUGUUUGUUUGCUGGUGUGUGGCUUAUUCGACUGUUCAGCCUCUCAUUAUCGUUGUGGGCAUGGUGGGAUUUGCGCUGCUGUAUGUCGCUUGCAAGUACUUGCUCAUUUGGUGUGCCGACCAACCCGAUUCGGGGGAGACAGGCGGAUUGUUCUACUUGAAGGCGCUUAAGACUGUAUUUAUAACAUUGUAUGUUGAGGAGUUUUUUUUGGCGGUUUUGUUCUCCUUGUCGUACUCGCAGCGGACGCAGACAGAUAAGACAGAUCUUGCGGGUUGCAUUCUAAUGGCGGUCGCUUUUUUUAUUACGAUUGCUGCUCAAUAUUGGCUCUCCCGCCGUUUCCCCAGAAAUCGCAUUCUUUAUACUCGCUCGUCGUACCUACAAAGUCAAACGCCCUCCACAACAAACCCCGUAUCCAAACCGCUGACCGACCAAGCUGAAAUCGCCGUUGUCCCUACCACAUCUACCCUCGCCCAUAUCGUGAACCAAGAAAAUGAGUUCGCCGGGGCCCAUUACGGAAACACGUCUGAGCUCCAUGAGCGUGCGUUCGAUCAUCCUGCGCUAUGGAAGAAGCCACCGAUCAUUUGGAUUGCGGAUGACGAGUUGGGGAUUGGAAGGCUUGAGGUGGAGAGGAUCAAGAGUGAAGGAGUGGAUGCAAGCUGUGAGUUUGCAAAGUUGGAUAAGAAAGGGAAGCUGUCAGUGGAGAGAGGACCGCCGGACGGGACCUGGUAUGGAGGCGUAACGACGUCAGAGCGAACGUAG